UUUCACUUUUUGCUUUAGAGUAAUUCACCAUUUUAAGCAUAGGCGGCUCGUCCAUUUUUCUACUUCUAAAAGCUAAAAGUUGUUGAAAUUUAAUAUAAAACACAUUUAGCUGCUUUUUGUGGCUUUUAUUAUGACGGAAGUUGAAAAAUUUAAUGUCGAUAAUGUUAUAGCACAACUUUUAGAAGUUAGAGGUUCUCGACCUGGAAAAACAGUUCAGCUGACUGAGUCAGAAAUUAGAGGAUUGUGUCUAAAGUCUAGGGAAAUCUUUUUAAGCCAGCCUAUUUUACUCGAAUUAGAAGCUCCUCUAAAGAUUUGUGGUGACAUACAUGGCCAGUAUUAUGACUUGCUGCGAUUAUUUGAAUAUGGUGGUUUUCCUCCUGAAUCAAAUUAUCUUUUUCUCGGUGAUUAUGUUGAUAGAGGAAAACAAUCACUUGAAACAAUAUGUUUGUUAUUAGCUUACAAAAUAAAGUACCCUGAAAAUUUUUUUCUGUUGCGUGGCAACCAUGAAUGUGCCAGUAUCAAUAGAAUAUAUGGAUUUUAUGAUGAAUGUAAAAGAAGAUACAAUAUUAAGUUAUGGAAAACAUUUACUGAUUGCUUUAAUUGCUUACCUGUUGCUGCAAUAUUGGAUGAAAAAAUAUUUUGUUGUCAUGGUGGUUUAUCCCCUGACCUCCAAUCAAUGGAACAGAUUCGAAGAAUUAUGCGACCAACUGAUGUUCCAGACCAAGGAUUAUUAUGUGAUCUUUUAUGGUCUGAUCCCGAUAAGGAAGUAACUGGUUGGGGUGAGAAUGACAGAGGAGUAUCAUAUACAUUUGGACCAGAUGUUGUUGCUAAGUUUCUUCAUAAGCAUGAUUUUGACUUGAUUUGUCGUGCUCAUCAAGUAGUUGAAGAUGGUUAUGAGUUUUAUGCAAAGAGACAAUUAGUAACUUUAUUUUCUGCUCCAAAUUAUUGUGGAGAGUUUGACAACGCAGGUUCAAUGAUGAGUGUUGAUGAGACUCUUAUGUGUUCAUUUCAGAUUUUAAAACCCGCUGAUAAAAAGAAAUUUCCAUAUGGUGGUUUUGGUGCUGGCCGUCCGAUAACUCCACCGCGGGGUGGCGCUGCAACUGCCGCUGCUACUGGAGCAGGAAACACGCCUAAAGGAAAAACAAAAAAAGUUGAUAAAUAAACAUUAUUUUUUUGUAUGUAUAUACUUGUUUGUAUAUAUGCGUGUGUAUAUACCUAAAACAUUCGACUUGCAGGUCGCAUGCCAUA